AUGGCCGACCACCUCGCCAAGCAGGCGGUCACUGCGGAAGCACAGCAUGGCUUCCUUCACCUUGUAUCAUCCCAUAUAAGGGCCGGUCACAAGAAGAUCCAAGAGGAGUGGCAACAGGAAUGGGUUUCCUCAACGAAGGGCAAACACUUGAAACGAAUCGACAGCGGACCCCCAACCAAGCGAAGUCUGCGUGUAUAUGGCAUCUUGACGAGACACCAAAACCUAUCUCCUAGCCCAACUGCGGACGGGCCACUCCUGGCUGGGGCCACACCGCCUGAAAUUGAAAUACGCAGACAGUGA